UGCCUCUCUUCGCUCUCCCAAAUGACCUAAACGCCAUUUUCGAGAGAGAAAUUUCGAUACAAAUGCAAUAAUAGUGAUGGACUGAGCAGUAUAAAAUUUACAGAAUAAGAUUUAAUAGGAUUUUUCAAAAAGGUCCAUUUUCAAUUCGAAAAGAACUGUUUAAUUCAAUAACUGUAACAAGGAUUAGUAAAUAGUAUAGGAAAUCGGGAGAAAAAUCGAUGCCUGGUCUUAUCGGUGUAUCGAAGCUACGUCCACCACUAAAACAUAACACCAAAAAGCGAGGAGAUUUACCAAGGGAGAAAUACGAAUACGUUAAUAUAGUUGGAGAAAGGGCGCGGGUGGACGGAGAAAAGGCAAAGCACCGUCGGUAAACGUUUGCGCGACGCACCUGAUUAAUAAAAAGUGAGCGAGGCGAGCGGGUGGAUGAGAGCUUGCGAGCUGCUAAUUAAAUUAUAAAACAUACAGAAGCGUUGAAGACGUCGCAGACCGAACCAAACCAAGCCCACAAUCCCCGCUCGUUGGCCUAUUUCGCUGGACUAAACGGAAGAUAUAGGGAGUGCGAAACAGGGAGAGAGAGUGUAAAACGAGACACACGGCUGGCUAAUAGGAGCUCAGCGCACUAUGUAGAAGUCCGACUCGACGCCAAGGGGAAACCAACUAGCGAGCAGAAGCGUAGUAGAAGCACCACAGUAGCAGAGGACUAAACAAAAGCCACGCCAUGUCUAUACUGACCAGCCUGAAGAAGGUCUUCCACAUCGGUGGCGGGGAGGCCAAGAAGAAGCGGCUCUACAACAACAUCAAGAUGGACACAAACCCGGAGGAUUUCUGGGAGAUGGUCGGUGAGCUGGGCGACGGCGCCUUUGGCAAGGUGUACAAGGCCCAGCACAAGGAACAGAAGCGCUUCGCCGCCGCCAAGAUGUGUACGCUGGAGGACGAGGAGAAUCUCAGCGACCACAUGGUGGAGAUCGAUAUUCUCUCGGAGAUCAAGCACCCCAAUGUGGUGGAGCUGUACGAGGCCUUCUCCCUUGACGAUAAGCUGUGGAUGCUCAUCGAGUACUGCGAUGGCGGAGCCCUGGACAGCAUUAUGGUGGAGCUGGAGAAGCCACUAACUGAGCCGCAAAUUGCCUACGUGUGCAAGCACAUGACCGAGGGCCUAACCUUCCUGCACCGCAACAAGGUCAUCCAUCGCGACUUGAAGGCCGGCAACGUUCUGCUCACCAUGGAGGGUGGCGUCAAGCUGGCGGACUUUGGCGUCUCGGCCAAGAACAAACACACGAUGCAGAAGCACGACACUUUCAUCGGCACGCCCUACUGGAUGGCGCCAGAGCUGGUGUUGUGCGAAACGUUCCGGGACAACCCGUACGAUCACAAAGUGGACGUCUGGUCACUGGGCAUAACGCUAAUCGAGCUGGCCCAAAUGGAGCCGCCCAACAGCGAGAUGUCGCCGAUGCGUGUCCUCCUCAAGAUCCAAAAGAGUGAGCCGCCCAAGCUGGAGCAGCCGGCCAGGUGGAGCAAGGAAUUCAAUGACUUCCUCAAGAAGUCUUUAGUCAAGGAUCCCCAGCAGAGGCCGACGACGGAUGUCCUGCUGCAGCAUAGCUUCAUCAGCAGGGACAUGGACGCAAAGCCGAUUAAGGACCUGCUGCUCGAGUACAAGGCUGAGGUCGUUGAGGAGGUGGUGGACGACGAGACCGAGGAACCCCGCAACUCGGCGCUCCAGCUCGACCUGGACGAUGACUCUGCUUCGCUGCAGAGCCAAGACAUUGACAAACUUCCAGGUACACCUACAUCCAUUUUGCGGGAUGCCAAAGAGCAGCCCCAACCAAGUAGCAGUUUACCAACCGCUGCAGCAGCAGCAGCAGCAGCAGCGACAACUGCACCCACAACAACUAAAGCCACCACUCCGGACAGACCAAACCACAACAAGGAUGACAAUGUUGAGCCGGCAGCCCAGCAGCCGCCGCAUACCAAAGUGCCUGCCCCAGCGCCGCCGUCGCCCCAAAAAACACCACCACCCCCACAACUUCCUGCACCAGCAGCUGCAGCAGCAGCAGCAGCAGUGGUGGCAGCUGUUGCAGAGGCAGCUGAAAGAACCGAGUCCGAUAAAAAGCACUUUGUCAAGAAGGAGAAGGGUAAAGCGCCGCCACCACCCAUGGCUGUUGCAGUCGCCGCUAACGCAGCGAAGCAGCCAACUGUCGAUACUCCGGUGUCGCCCAAGAAGGUGUCCACUCCCGAGCCCUCAUCGCCAGUCACCACAGCUAUCGAAGUGGCCAUUGGACAGGAGACCGUUGAGCCAAAACCGCAGCCACCCUCGCCCACCGCCUCGUCCAUUGUGUCCGUGCAGUCAGUGGCCUCGUCUAGCUCCUCGGGAAGCGUUUCCAAUGCGAGAACGCUCAGCUCUAGCACUUCCCUGAUAACCAUUAACAGUGACGCCCCAGCGCCGCAACAGCCGCCGCCACAGCCGCAGCACGUGGUAUUGCCAAAUAGCUUGGAGUCGGUGAGCCAAAUCACCGUGGUAACUAGCACCCAUCCGCCGGUGAUUAUCGACAACUCGGUUGCACCAUCGGAGGUGAUUAUCGUGUCCAAUGACCUGAACAAGAGCACUCACCUGAACGAAUCCUCCACGGACGACGACUUCCCAUCGCUGGACGACAGCUUGGGUGAUUCUGGCACGCCACCCUACAAACAGUCCUCCAUGAUAUUGGCGGUCAAUGAUCCGGCAGGAGUGGUGCCUGCCCCACCGCAGCAGCCCCAUAAUGCCACCACCACUGUCCAUGCCCGCAAGCUGGACGAGAGCGAGGUACUGAUCGUGAGUCCAUCGUAUGCGGACGAUGAUUCCGCUUAUAAUACGGCAUCGGGCAGCCAUAGUCACGAUCACAGUGACCAGCUGAUGGACACCAGCCACGUGUCCGUCGUCACUGUGGGCGACGAGGGUGUGAAGGUGAAGGACAGCAGCAACGAGAUGGAGGGCCACAAGCGCCAGCCAAACGGAGUGGUACCGGAGGACGUGAACAUCAUUGUGAACCGAUUCAAGCCGGAGAAGCGAUCGCCGGACAGCUCGCUGAGCGAGAACGGCUCUGUGCGAGGACGGCGGGGCAUCGAAGUGCAAGUAAGCGGCAGCGGAGGCUCCGACGUGGACAGCGUUGGCACCAACACUAGUCAUGACAGUCGCCACGAGGUGGAUCACAACAACAAGCAGCAGUCGCAACAGCCACCGGCGGCAGUACUGAUGCCGCCGCCACCUCCCUCCGUGACGAAUAAUCACAAUCACAUGACCAUCGACGAGGAGGAGGAGGUGGUCAUCCGGCCCAGGGCCAGGGCUCCGCCUGUGGUCAAGUCCCACCAGGGGCUCACCAAGGAGGAGAUCGAACUGCGGAACCUGCGCAAGAAAACGCGCAAACGCACCCGCAAGUUCGAGAUCGAUGGCGUGCAAAUGACCACGACCACGAGUCGGGUGAUCUACGGCGACGAGGAGAACGGCCGAAUCUACGAUGAUCACGACUUCCGGAAGCUGGAGUUGCGGGAGCUGAAGAUGCUCCAGAAGCAGGAGAAGAAGCAGCAGACUGAACUGCACAUCAAGGAGCAACAGGCCAAGGAGCAGCAGGACCGCCGCUUCGAGCAGGAGCACUCGUCGCUGGAGAAGACCUACGAAGCGGAUAUGGAUAUGCUGGCGCGCCAGCACAAGCAGCUGGUGGAGAAAACCGAGCAGACGCAGGAGAACGAGCUGCGCUCCUCGUCGAAGCGCAUCCGCUCCGAGCAGGAGCAGGAGCUGAAAAUCUUCCGGGAGAACCUGAAGCAGGAGAUCCGCUUGCUCAAGCAGGAGGUCGACCUCUUCCCCAAGGACAAGCGCAAGGACGAGUUCAAGCAGCGGCGAUCGGCCAUGGAACUGGAUCACGAGGAAAAGGAGCGCGCCUUCCUCGAUUCGCUCAAGGAGCGGCACGAGCUUCUGUUGCGGCGGUUGAGUGAGAAGCACCGGGAGCAUCUGGCCAGCAUCAAUCGCAACUUCCUGCAACAAAAGCAGAAUGCGAUGCGGACGCGUGAGGCUCUGCUCUGGGAACUGGAGGAGAAGCAGCUGCACGAACGCCACCAGCUGUCCAAGCGGCACGUCAAGGAGCUCUGCUUCAUGCAGCGCCAUCAGAUGAUCAUCCGGCACGACAAGGAGCUGGAGCAGGUGAAGCGCAUGUUGCUGCGCAAGGAGGAGGAUCUGGUCAAGAAGCAGACGCUGGAGAAGCGCGCCCUCCCCAAGCGAAUCCGAGCUGAGCGCAAGGCCCGCGACCUAAUGUUCCGGGAAUCGUUGCGCAUUUCAACGAAUCUGGAUCCAGACAUCGAACGCGAGCGCCUCAAGAAGUUCCAGGAGCAGGAGAAGAAGCGCUACAUGCAAGAGGAGCGCCGCUUCGAGGUCAAGCAUCAGAAGCAAUUAGAAGAGCUACGUGCCACACGUGAAUCCGCCAUAAGAGAACUGGAGCAGCUGCAGAACGAGAAGCGCAAGGCCUUGGUGGAGCACGAGCAGACCAAGCUGUCGGAGAUCGACGACCGCCUGAAGGCGGAGCUGCGCGAGUGGCGCGAACAGCUGGCGCCCCGCAAACAGAAACUGAAUGAAUCCAUCAAGGCGGCCAUCGAUCUGCACGAGCAGCGCCACGGCCUGGUGGUCAAUCGGGAGGAGUUCGAGGACCAGGAGGUGGAGCUGCCGGUGCGCCUGCGCGGCAUAUUCAACGAGCGAUCCUCGCGCCUCAUUCCACGCAACACCUUCAUCGACACCCAACAGAUGCCUCGGUCGCGCUCUUCGCUCCUGAUGAUGGGCGGCGGUGGCAGUCGGCUGGCCAACUUCCGAGGAUCGGCACCAGAUCUGAGUCGCAGUGUGCCCAGUACUCCCAUCUUCCACAAGCAGCAGCGCUCCCAGAUGAUCAGCGACCUAGUGCUGGAAGAGGACGAGGAGCAGUUACUGGCUGAGCAGAUGAAGCGGGCCAGCGUCACGACUCUGCCCGCCCAGAGCCAGCUGCGCCUGAUAACCCAGUCGCCGGCCAACGAGCUGGUCAAAGUGGUGACCACCCCGCCGGUGUUGAACAGUGCCGAGGAUGCUAGCUCCAAGCCAGCCAUGAGCACGUUUAGAGGAAGCACUCCACCGAAAACGCCCGACGAUCUGGGCCUGGUGAGCAACCGCUUCAGUCGCGUUGACCCCAAGGCGGCAGCCGACGCCAGCGUGGAGCUGCGGAUCCACGAAGGGCCCGUCCUGACGGCCCACACCCAGCGCCUGCUGCACUCCACCUCGUUUGCGAUAAAGCGACCCUCGCUGGCCAGCCGGAGCAGCGGCCGAUCCUCGCUCAGCAGCGCCCAGUCCAUGUAUAAUAUUAGCGAGCUCACCACCCGUUUCGCCAGCGAUGCGGACGUGAUCUUUGAUUCCGGGCGCAAGGCGGCCGCGCUGCUGGACGAGGUGCAGCCACAGCUGAGAUCAUCGGUGAAGCCGGGACACAGUCGCCUGAAUGGAAGCGUUGCCUCGGCGGACUCGGCAGCCUCCUCAGAUGAUUUCUACUACGAUUUGUAUGCCGCCAAGUACAGGCUGCCGAGGAUCAACCAGCGGCAGCACAGCUGCGAGGAGGAUUCGUCGGCGAUCUAGGAGCGCCAAGAAGGCUCCUGCUCCAGCUCAUGCACCUCGGCCACUCCACUAACAAUCCAAUUGAACAUUUCUACUCACACCCACUAACCCAGACACUCCUCCCUUCUGGUGCUGGCUAACUGCAAAUCCCCACUAGUCCAUCCACUAACAUAUCAUCUUGCUAACCAACUCGGUAGAGACUAUCGUAACCCUAACUCCCUUCUGCUCUGCAUCCGCAUCUGAAUCCUCAUUGGAGAAUGCCAUACACUCUGUCUUGCCAAUGUUUAUUAUGUUUAUUAUGUUUGCAAUUGCAAUUUUAUUGAACGAAAAACAUUAUAGUUUAUGUUGAAAGUAUUGUUCUGACUUGGACCAGCCUUCCGCCUCCAAAUACAUUCCAUUGUAGCAGUAUUAUACAAAGUACUUAGUAAAAAACGAAAUCAGUAAUGAGAAAAAAGAAAAAAAGAAAGAAAUCAAUCGACAUUCCAUACUUAGCCACAUGCCAAGCAUUGUAUAGCCAUAUCUUACUCUAAACAUUUUUAUAAAUAUUUACAUAAACGCAUUAUAAUAUCGUGCUGAAACUUUCAUGAUGCUUCACUGUACACACACUCACUCUUGAAUAAAAACCAUGUACACAUCCAAACCAACAAAAAACGCGCUGCUAUCGAAACAAAAAAAAACAAAAA